GCUAAGACUCGUUUCCUUAUGACAUCUUUGUGAUGAAAACAGAGGAAGCUUGCUUUGAGGCAGUUUCUGGGCGGAGGUUUUUCAGAAUAGAACACUGAACUGAGGCAACUUUCUUCAGACUCUCUACGAGCUCGAAUCACUAGUAGGCAACUCUGAAACUGCACAGCAGCUUUGACUGAUCUACUAUGCCACUCAAUGACACCCAUCACUGCGGUGCCUCAACUCAGAGCCUGGUGGCCUCCGUCCUUCCUCCUGUGCUCAUCAUUGAGCUGUUACUCGGUCUGCCGGGUAAUAUCAUGGCACUAACUAUCUUUUGCCAAAAAUUGCAGUCUUGGAGAGCCAACGUCACAUUCCUCUUCAACCUGGUUUUAUCAGACUUUUUGCUUCUCUUGAGCCUUCCCUUCCGUAUCGACAACUUCUUGCGCGGUGAGAUGUGGAUAUUUGGAGAUGCAUGGUGUCGGAUCAACCUAUUCAUGCUGGCAGUAAACCGUUCUGCUAGCAUUGCCUUUAUGACCGCUGUGGCUGUGGACCGCUACUUUAAAGUGGUCCAUCCACAUCACAAAAUCAAUCACAUGCGCUCAAAACAAGCAGCUUGGGUCGCCUGCCUCAUCUGGGCAGUUGUGAUAUCUCUGAGGAUGCCUUUGCUGGCCAACAAUCUUCUGAGCAUGGAGAACAACAUCUCCCUUUGUAGGAGUUUCAGCAACUAUGAGAAUCCACCACUAGGAAUCCGCCUGCAUUAUGCCGUUUUUACCUUUGAGUUCUUUUUGCCUUUGGUGCUCCUGGUCUUCUGCUCCGUGCGAAUUGCCUGUAUCCUACGUUCUCGCCAGAUGGACAAGGACAGGAGAGGGCAAAGGGCUAUUCGGACCGUCCUAGUGAUCGUUGGGGUUUUUGUCCUCUGUUUCUUUCCUGGAGUUUUCACAGGGCUGACUGCACUCUAUUUCAAAUCACUUGGAAGUAAGUACUGCAAAGCUUACACUCUGACCAGUCAGUUGUUCGCAAUGUCCAUAGGCUUCACCUAUCUGAACAGUGCUCUAGAUCCAGUCAUCUACUGCUUCUCCAGCUCUAUAUUCCGCAAUUAUUUGAAACGAGUGCUAAACCGGACUGGAAUCAUGGAGCUACAGCUCAGUCGACGGGGCAGCAUGAACAGUGGAAGUGACUGAGAACGGAUUGGGGAUUGGACAGAAGAGAAGUGAUCCAUUAAGUGUACAGUGCAUACUUCUUAAGAGUAUAAUUUUUUCUAUGCUAAAAUACAUUUUCCUAUCCUAGCUUAAUAUGCAGAGGCAACUAUAAGUAAGCCAUUGGUAGGUUGAUUCUCCUGAAAUCUUUAAAAACUGGCUCUGAAGGGCCUGGGUAGUUCAGCAAGUAAAGACGCUGACUACCACACCUGGAGUCGCAAGUUUGAAUCCAGGGUGUGCUGAGUGAUUCCAGCCAGGCUUACUAAGCAACCAAUUGGCCUGGUUGCUAGGGUGGGUAGAAUCACGUUGGGUUAACCUCCUCGUGAUCGCUAUAAUGUGGUUCUCGCUCUCGGUGGGGCACGUGGUGAGUUGUGCGUGGAUGCCGCGGAGAAUAGCGUGAGCCUCCACACACGCUAGGUCUCCGUGGUAAUGCGCUCAAUAAGCCACGUGAUAAGAUGCAUGUAUUAACUGUCUCAGAUGCGGAGGCAACUGAGAUUCAUCCUCUACCACCGGAUUGGUGGCCACUACGCCACCAUGAGGACAUAGAGUGCAUUGGGAAUUGGUGAUUACAAAUUGGGGAGAGAACCCCCCCCCCCAACCUUGCUCUAUUUGUUUGAGCAUCCUGACCAGCCUGACAUAGCAACAAUGGCUCAACCAAUGGCAUGAGUUUGAGGCAGGAAUAUCUGUUUAUCUGAUGGCAGGUCGGGAGAGUCAUUAUUUUUGCAAUUCCAUUUGGUGAUACUAGUGGCACAUAUAUUGCACACUUCACCUUUCAUUUACAUUUACUUUAUUCAUUGUUUUGUUUGUCAAGUUUUUUUGGUAGAUAUACAUUUUUUUCUUUUCAUUUUGUAUUUCUGAUGCAUAUAAAGUAAUAAAAUUUUUUUACUUAGUAUAGAAUUUAAAAUACAUUGUCUGCUUUUAUUGUUAUACAUGAUAAAAGAUGAAUAAAUACAAUAUUGCCACAUAAGAAUAAAUAUGAAAAAAAAAAAUA